AUGGCUUUCCUCAGUCUCUUAACUUCUAGAACCUUACUUAGUCACCUUUUCCUCUCAGGUGAGCUUCUUUCUCUUUGUCUACUUUUAAAUGCGUCCAUUAUCACCAAUCCCACUCAAACUCCCCUGACUAUCCGGAUCCCGUCCACAUCAGAGGUUUUACCUGCUCUGCCGGCUGCCAAUCCUCCAGGCCCACAGGGAGUGUCGUAUUUACAACAGCCUCCAAAGGCAAAAGCUGUGGAAGGGGAGAAUGUGAUGUUACCCUGUUUUUUAAAAAGUGAUAUGGAUGAAGUACUGGCUGUGGAGAAGGUGCGCUGGUAUGUACAGAGUUUGGAGGAAAGGAGGAAUGUUCUACAUGGAAAUGAGACGGUGGAGGAUGUGUUUGCUGGUCGUGUGUUUUUGUCUGGUGAUCUGCCUAUGGGAAAUCUAUCUAUGACACUGAGGAACAUUUCAGUGGAAGAUCAAGGAUUAUAUUUGUGUGCCUUCAUAUCAACAAACUCAACUGUUCUUCAUGGAGGUGGGACCAAACUCAGCAUCCGUAAAGAGCUGGGUGUGAUCGAAGAGUCGGUGGGCACUAUGAUUGGCAUCGUUGUGGCAGUUGUUGGCGUGGCAGCGGGGCUGGUUGCUGUGAUUCUGACUCAGUUCAGGGACAAACUAAACUGCCUGCCGAAAUGA